UUACACCGAUCCCAACUUUUCUGUCUCUCCACGUCUCUCCAUGUCUCUCCAUGUCUCUCCAUGUCUCGGUCUCGGUGCAUCCCCUCCCUCCUCUCCCCCAUGAAGGCGAUGAUCAUGUCGUAGAUUGGAUAACUACCCCGUACAGUAAAUGGUCUAUUUGGUCCCAUCUAGUCUACCCUGGUAGUCGCCGGUACGCCGCAGCCGCUGGAAGAAUGCCUUUAGCUUUCUGCAACGUCUCCUGCCAACUCCACUCACAUACCUAGGUACAUAAUUCGACAUCAAUCUAGGUACCAAGAAACAAUACCGAGUUACUCCGUGCAGUUGAAUGUGGAGGCACCCGGUGAUUAUUGGACCGCCGAUCCGAAGAGAACGGUCGCACAGUAGCUCUCCAUCUUCCUCCAUCUUCCUCCAUCUGGGCAUCAUCGCACUAUUGCGUGAAGAGGUGCUUCUUCAUUGUGCAUUGUGCCACCCAACUAAUCCCGUGGUACUCGUUGGUGUUGGGAGAGACAAUGAUUGUUGCGCAUUAGCGGCGGGGGCGGCGGCGGCGACG